UAACACUGUAAAAAUACGAACGCGAUAUUUUAAUAAGUACGCAUGCGGAAGAUUAAUUUGAAGUUCUCCAGUUAGUCAUAGUUAGCGUCGCGACGCCAGAACACUUCCGCACCUGUGAGCGCGUAAUCUUUCGAAAUGACGGGAGACGUACAGAUCGGGGAUUUCUUUCAAAAUUUAAGUUACUACGACGAUUACGACGGCGGCUUCGCCCCGUGCGAGCCGUUUAGCGGUUAUUUAAAUUUCUUCCACGUUUAUUACAUCCCGUUUAUUAUUUCGGUCGGAUUAAUUGGUAAUUUGCUGUCUUGCAUUGUGUUUUUAACGACGCAUCUACGUAUGCGAAGCUCCAGCUAUUACUUAGCCGCGCUGGCCGUCGCCGAUUUUACCUUUCUUGCCAUUCUUUUACUUGUACACUGUAGUUUUAACAACGUAAUCGAAAUCUACAAUCAAAAGGGCUGGUGCCAAUCUUUCGUCUAUCUGAGCACGGUUUGCAGCACGUUAAGCGUAUGGCUGGUGGUCGCCUUCACCGUCGAAAGAUUCAUCGCCGUCCGUUACCCACUGCAACGUCCCCAAAUUUGCACGAUCGCAAGGGCGAAACUCGUCAUCUCCGUGCUAUGCCUGAUCGCGCUCAUCUCCCAGAUUUACAUAUUUUGGGUCGCCGGAAUCGUCGAAAUGGCCGACUAUCCGAUAUGCGAGAUGCUACCGGAGUACCAAGAGCUGAUGAAGGUUAUCAACUUCCUGGACACGAUCGUAACGCUGAUCGCGCCCGUUACGUUGAUCAUCGCGAUGAAUACGAUGAUCAUACGGAAUUUGUUGCAAUUCAGAAAGAAAUUUCAAAACGGGUCUCUCGAGGACAGUCUGUGCAAUAGCAAUCAGGAGUCGGAUCUGCACAGAUCUCAAACUCAGAUUGAUGUUUCAAUCCGAAGAAAUUUAUCGACCGAGCAAUUUCCCAAACGCUCCUCGGCGACCAACAGCAUCCGGAAGUACAGAUUGUUCUUCCAAGCGCGACAUUUGGACAAGCAGAAUGCAAAUUAUGGAAACAAAAAUUUGUUGUCGACAAGAAACCAACAAAAUAUCACCAAAAUGUUGCUGCUAAUAUCGUCGGCUUUUAUUUUGUUUAACUUGCCCAGUUACGGAAUACGCCUGUAUGUGUUUUUCGUCUACACCAUUUGGCACAAGAGCCCCCCGGACGUUUUAUGGUGCCUCCAGCAGUUCGCGAUGCUCCUAUUUUAUACGCACUUCAGCAUCAAUUUCCUUCUAUACGCGAUGUGCGGCAUCACGUUCCGCCGAUGCCUCUGGCAAAUACUGUGCAACAAAGUGACAAAAUUGAAGCGUCGCGUUUGUCGAUUUAAUUAGAUGUCCAAUAAAUAAUAAUGAGUCAAUGGAGACGCUGCCUAUCGAUUGUGUAAGCGAUGGGAAGGGUUUUAAGGUCUUAGUAUGGCGAAUUUAUGGCCGUAAUUAGUCGCGGGAGUGUUCCGGCUAAUUAGAUUAAUGCAAAUAGGAAACAAACAAAUUUACGCACCUUCGUC